AUGACCUCGUUGAUUGUUCACGGAGUCGCCUUCUUUAUCACGGGUAUCUACCUCGUUACCCAAACCCAGCAGUUCAAAGAUUUAGUCGGUGCCGAAGUUUUAAAGGCAAAGGAACCCCCUAAACCACAAGUUCGUAAACCGGUAAUUAAGCCGGUAAUUAAGCCAACUGUUCCAACCACAAACACAGUGGUAGUUGAGCAAGUUCAAGUCCAACCCAGAGUGACGACAGCAGCAGUUGUGCGACCAACCUCCGUGCAGCCACAAACCGUUUUGGAAUUUGCUAAUAAAGUAGUGAAGUUGGAUGCUCCCCUUAAUCCCAACAUUCCGAAAGUGACACGCCCGAAUCAGCCUGUGCCGCAAGUCGUGACACAUGCUGACCUACCGGUCUCUGAUGCGCCAGGGGCGUUGGCAUUUUCCGCACCCGUUGCAACGGCUCCAAGUGCCGUACCCGCCAACAUCGGUCGUGGGAUUGGCGGCAUUGUGCAGGUGAAGGUUGCCUUUGCGCGUCCGAAGGGACUCGCUAUGGUCGAACAUGUCGGUGCCGCUCGCGAUGCUUUGAGCGAUGUCGUUGAGAACAUUAACCUCGGUAACGUUGAGGUGCCUCCAUUGCCACGUGGCGAACCCGGUGGGAGUGUUGUUGGUCGUGGUGCUGAUAUCCGCGGCGUCUUCCGUUUUACGCGUCUCCGUCACAGUCUCGCUGACUGGUGGGCAGAUGCCUCCUCGCUGAACGCUUUUACCAAGUGGCUCAAUGAACGUACCAAGAUCAAGACCGACAUGAACGUUGAAGGCGGCGCGUUGAAGCUAAACGACGCUAACCUGAUGAAAUGUCCAUUAGUCUUCAUGACGGGACAUGACCCGGCACACGUCCGUUCCAAGAACCUGAUGGGUCGUCAAUAUGGCGGUGGCAAGAUGGAUAGCCGAUUUUCCGAGGCAGAAAUGACUGCAUUGCGGCGAUAUCUCGUUGAAAAAGGCGGCCUCCUCGUCUUUGACGACUGCGGUAUUGACGCGGCGACGCAAGCGAUGCCUCGCCUAUUCUUGGCACAGAUGCGAUAUGUGAUGCCAGAAUAUCAGGUCCAACGCAUCCCAAACGAACAUGAAAUCUACGAUAACUUCUAUGAGAUGGGUGGUCCACCGACCGGAUUCGACAUUUUCUGGUGGGGGUCUCGCCCGGGUAGGCGAAACUUCCUUGAAGGCAUUUCCGUUGGCGACAAGAUUUCGGUCAUUUUAGUUCGCCGUGACUACAUGUGCGCGAUGGAGUCGGUCAGCUUACCAACCCGCUCCGUCAAAUACUCUCCCGGCGUCUAUCGUUUCAUGACCAACGUCGCAAUUUAUGCCCUGACGCAUGGCUCAAUUUCGGACUACUCUGGCUAUGUGCCAGAAGAUAGAAUGGCAGCGCGGAAGCUGCCGACCGAAAUACCAGAGGCAGCAAAAAUUGGGGUACUUGAAUAG